AUGUCUGCAUAUGAUAAUGUCAUGGGAGGGAAGCUUAAGCUUAAAGGUAAGGCUCUGGACUUAAAGGCCGAUGGGAUGAAGAAGAAGAAGAAGAAGAAGAUGAAGAAGAUGAAGAAAAAACAAAUGAAGCAAUUUGAGCAAAUUUCUAAGGCUGUAGAAAGUGAGAAUGCAGAGCAGUUAUCUAAGUUGACCGGACAAGAAAAUCGGGAAGUUGAUGACAAAACGAAUGGGGAAGAAAAUUCCACUAAUUGGGACAAUAAUCUCACACCUGCCGAGAGGCGCUACAUGGAACAAAGAGAGAAAAUCAACUCCCACAAGCUGGGAAAAACCUCAAACAAAUCACACCGUGACCGUAUUGAGGAUUUCAAUCAGUAUCUUGCGAAUAUGAGUGAGCAUUAUGACAUUCCAAAAGUUGGCCCUGGCUAA